AUGGAGCUUAGAACUGUUCGAGUGCGGCCGCCGUCGGAGCGGGAGCCGCACCGCACUGAUAUGAAACAAUUUCACGCUCAACGACGACUUGAAGAAAACAAUUUGAAGUGUAUGCUAUUAUUGUUAAAUGGUAAUAAAAAAUGUAAUAUGAUUGCAUUAAGGAAUAAGGAUCAAAGAGACCACAGAUCGGUUUGGAGUAUUGGUUUGUCAAAGCGUGUGCGCGGACGGGGACAUGAUCGGCUUGCGGGCGGCGGCGCGUGUCCACGCCGGAUUAGUCUAAACGCCGCGCCUGUAAGCCGCUCGCAGGCAAAUCUGCCCAAAUGCCGACAAAUGCACGCUCGGCGAGGAUUGCACGCCGUCACCGACUUUGUUCCCGACAUGUUUAAAUCUCUAUCACGAUGCUUAAUUAACUUUCUUUAUAAAACACGUGUCAGCUUUUGGACGACAUUUCUAAUAACUCUUGUGAAACAUUGGCUU